GAUUUCUCUCGCUGGCCAUUUUGAAGUGCAGAGAGAGGCAGCAAGCAGAGAUCUGAUGACAUUGCGCUCUCUCCACCUCCAACCGAUCCAUCCUCCAGCCCAGCUAGAAUUUGCAUGCUCGACGUUACGUUUAUCUGGGCUGCUAAUGCUGCUAAUGAUGCUACUUUGCCACAAGCAGAGGCAUCAGGCCACCCAUUAUGAACGGGCCCAUGCACCCGCGCCCUCUAGUGGCGCUGCUGGACGGACGCGACUGCACGGUGGAGAUGCCCAUCCUGAAAGACGUAGCAACCGUAGCCUUCUGUGACGCUCAGUCCACACAGGAGAUCCACGAGAAGGUGCUGAAUGAAGCCGUAGGAGCUCUGAUGUACCACACCAUCACUCUGAUGAGGGAGGACCUGGAAAAGUUUAAAGGCCUGCGCAUCAUCGUCCGCAUCGGCAGCGGCUAUGACAACAUCGACAUCAAAUCUGCCGGGGAACUGGGCAUAGCUGUGUGUAAUAUGCCAGCAGCCUCGGUGGAGGAGACGGCCGACUCCACGCUGUGUCACAUCCUCACCUUGUACCGACGCACCACCUGGCUGCACCAGGCGCUCCGGGAGGGCACGCGGGUUCAGAACGUGGAGCAGAUCCGAGAGGUGGCGUCGGGAGCCGCGAGGAUCAGGGGAGAGACACUGGGACUCAUAGGACUCGGGCGAGUGGGCCAGGCUGUAGCCCUGAGAGCCAAGGCCUUCGGCUUCAAUGUGAUCUUCUAUGACCCGUAUUUGGCUGACGGUGUAGAAAGAUCUCUGGGACUACAAAGGGUCACCACACUACAGGACCUGCUCUUCCACUCCGACUGUGUCUCUCUGCACAGCAGCCUCAAUGAACACAACCACCACCUGAUCAACGACUUCACCAUCAAACAGAUGCGCCAGGGGGCGUUCCUGGUGAACACGGCCAGGGGGGGUCUGGUGGAUGAGAAGGCCCUGGCUCAGGCCCUGAAGGAGGGGAGGAUACGUGGAGCUGCUCUGGAUGUUCAUGAGACAGAGCCUUUCAGUUUCAGUCAGGGCCCGCUGAAGGACGCUCCCAACCUGAUCUGCACCCCCCACGCUGCCUGGUACAGCGAACAGGCAUCGCUGGAGAUGAGAGAGGAGGCAGCCAGGGAGAUCCGGAGGGCUAUCACAGGUCGUAUCCCAGACAGUCUGAAGAACUGUGUGAAUAAGGAGUUCCUCUCCCAGAAUAACCACUGGGCCGGUGUUGACCCAGCUACCGUUCACCCCGAGCUCAACGGGGCUUAUAGGUAUCCCCCAGGAGUGGUGAGCUUGCCAGCUGGCGGCCUCCCGCCUCCUGUUGAAGGCAUGGUGCCCAGCGCCGUGCCCAUCACACACACCCUCCCGCCCGCUGUCUCACACCCUCCUCAUGCCCCGUCCCCCGGACAGAAUACAGUCAAGCCACCAGAGGGCGACAGAGAGCAGCAUCCGAAUGACCAACUGUAGCCACAAACAUGGAUCACAGCGACAAGCUCCCGAGUGACGAGUUGUCAUCAGACGGGUUCACAGAGUGUCAGGUGGACAGGUUGAGGUCCCAGUAACAAUCGAUUCAAAACACUCUGGCAAAUUGGUUCCCAGCAGCCGGUUCAUACUCCAAAGAAGAAGAAGAAGAUGAUGACUAUAAAGAGGAUGAUGAAGAGGAGUGGAUAGCUGUCAGACAGUUGUCCUCUGCUCCGAACAGACGUCCUGAGAAAGACUGUAAAGAUCCACAGGAUGAUCUCCAGACUACAACAAAUACAGUAGUCGAGUUACUGCCAGAGGCUAAAAAAAUUAAUUAAAAAUAACAAUAACAUAUAUCUGUUGAUUUGGGAAGAAAAGAUUCUGCUGUCUUAGACUGUAGUGUGUUCAAAGUUAGAGGGGCAGGUUUCAUGUCUUUCUCUCUUUUUCUGUGUACUUUCUUUAGUUUGAUGUACAAGCAAAAGUAGUCGGUUAUGAACUGAAUAUAACCUGUCUGUGUACAGUUUUUAGACUUGCGGCAAGAAGAUACUGAUACUCGUAUGCCAGUCUUAACAAAAACAAGGGUUGUGUGAUCUCUCUAUGUAGCCAAACUGGUUUGAGAAUACAACAAUAUCUGUUUUUUCUUUUUUGUUUCAUGUGUCCCCAAAUUAACAAGCCCCAAAAACC